AUGGAGUACGAUCCCCUGGUGGACCUUCCUGGCGGCGACAAUUUUCACGAUGUGACUGCGUUGUUUGAGGAUGCUGCCGAAGCCAUGCAUCCUGGAGCUCUCAUAUUGACUGACGGAUUUACUCUGCUGGAUGCUAUGUCGUCGUUCGAGAUAGGCGAACCACGCUUCGACAGCGGCUUGGCGCUUCUGAACAAAUCUAAGCCGUCAUUCAAUCCUCUCGCCCCGCUUACACCAGAGGAAGUGUGCUGGAUCAUCGAUCGCUCGUUUUCCUGCGAGAUGGAAUGGCACUCCGGUUACACUCUUUCUCAAACCAUAUAUUCAUUCCUUUACGUUCACUCCUUGAAAGAGAUUGACCCUGACCUCGUUCCCGGGGGCUCACCGCCACGCUCAGACAACUUGCGUCCGCCAGAGCUAAUUACAGUCGUUCUAAGGGCUGCUCUAUUGGGCCUUCUCAAGUGUUGUGACCUGUCCUGGAGGGAGCUAAAUAAAGGGAAUGUGUAUGAUGCCGAGGACUGGCAAAGCGAGAAAUGUGACGUGCCUCUCUCUGAGGCUCUACCCGUCAAAUAUAUCUGCAAGGUGCUUGAUGAAGCGUGUCAUUGGCUCGAGACCUCGGCCAAAGUUCAGCAACCUUGGCAAGCCAUGCUGAUGAACCGAUUAAUGCUUAGGAAGUCACUAAUUGUGUUGUUCGAGACACAAUUGUCUCAGCCUCACUCUGGUUUGCUUCCGACAAUGAUCAAUCUAAGCCUGCAAUUAUUGCAUCCUAUUACUACAGCCACUCCGUUAGAACCUGCGCCAGAUUCGCCAGCCCGUCUCGCGUUCGACCCUCAGUUUCCUCGUGUUAUUGUAUCAUACAUCCCCCUGCAUGUCAUACAGCUACCCGAUCAAGCCCACACCUGGGCUUUGCUGGAGGGGCUGUUGACAUCGCUGAAGAACGUCAACGAUCUGGCAAACACAACUGAGCUGACGACAUGGGAGGUUGUUGGUAAUCUACAGCUGUGGUGCCCACGGCCCCAUAGUCGGUUUCCAUACUCCGCGUUCUGGGAUGGCGUACUCGUACUCGACAAGUUUGCACUCAAACAUGUUGUGGUCCAGUUCUUCCACGAAACGCUGAACAUUUCCUACGACGUUUUCACGCAAGAUAUCAUGACAAGAUGGGAAGGUUCGGCGCCUCCACCACUUGCACAGAUUGAACGCACCAUGACGCAGAUAUUGAUAGCAAACAUCAAGUCGCUAUGGUACAACCCACCACGGCGCCGCCGAUUCUGCGCGAAGUCACUUUUUGACUGGCAUGAGCUGUUUGUCGUAUUCAUGGACGUGUGUGUACGCCUUGCGCCCUUGGAAAACCAAAAAAAGCUUGACCACGUCCGUCGCGCCAGGGUAGCUGUACUGAUGUAUAGGCUGUCUAUAAUCCGCGAAGUCGUUCUAUCGGGAUUUCAACUGUCACUUUAUACAAAUGAAGAGCGCGUGUUUGCGUACUGGUACGUCGUACAGGUGCUUGAAAUGCACUUGUCCUGUAUAGAUCAACUUAUGUCAGGCAUGUCGAGUGACUCAAAUGCCUACUUCGAGUUAUCAUAUCAGUCGCAAUUCCUCACGGCAUUGCAGUCCCUCUCAAUAACUGUCUUCGCUAUCACGGUUAAAAAAACGACCUUCUCGUGGCGACGUACGAGGCUUAACUUUCUGCGGCGCUACAAGUGGGCUUUUACGCCCGAGUACGAAGACAUCGAUCUGCAACCCAUCGGACAUCCCAGCUUCACCAAGUUUGCUACUGCGUGCGAAUCCAUGCAAAAGGCAAGUGUUAAAGAGUUCUCUCUAGAUAGCAUCGCGCUUGCCAUAGAAGUUCUAUCGUGUUUGCUAACGUCACCCGAUGGCUGGGCGGGACGAUGGAGUGAAGAACGGAAAAAGUUUGUCCAGAAGCUCCUGGAUGUGUGCAUAGAUUUGCAGAGACAGCUCCCCUCAACCGAGCAGGCCUUGACGACAUGGGAUGUGAAGACUUUGAAGUGGGAUGCGGAUGUUCAUCCUUGGUUUCCAAUUAUCUCUGGAUUCCCUCCAGUGCCACCACGAUAG